GUUAGCCGCGAGCUGCAGCAGAUUGUCGCUGCUGCUGCUGCAGCUGCAGCUGCUGCUGCUGCUGCUGCACACGGGAGCGUGAACCGAGCCGAUACGUGGAGGCACCGAGGGCCCGUGUGGCUCCCGGACACUCGGCUGAUGACCUGUAGCCACAGUGGGGACGUGUUGUAGUCGAACGGUUUCUGUGACAAAAGGCAUGUUUGGUGCUAGAAAGAAAUUUGUCGAGUUCGUCGAGGUGGUCGAUAAUGACUUCUCCGAUGAAAGCAUGUACUACAAUCAGCCGUCGAUGUUCCCACAUCGGUCGGACAAAGAUAUACUCUCCUCUCCCUCGCCAUCGUCGUCGGGUCAACUGUCGCAGUUUGGUGCAAGUUUGUAUGGUCCACAAAGUGCACUGGGCUUUUCAGUCAGGGGCAUGGGGAACAGUACACCUCAGCUAAACCGAAAUCUAACGCAAGGCACACAGCUACCAAGUCAUAUCACUCCCACAACGGGAGUCCCCACCAUGUCCCUCCAUACUCCUCCGUCACCAAGCAGGGGGACGUUGCCGAUGAACUCAAGGAACAUGCUGAACCACUCUCAGGUCAGUCAAGCCAUUGGGAUUAGCGGCAGGACCAACAGUAUGGGCAGCUCGGGGCUGGGCAGCCCCAACCGCAGCUCGCCCAGUAUCAUCUGUAUGCCCAAACAGCAACCAGCACGUCAGCCCUUCACCAUAAACAGCAUGUCAGGUUUUGGUAUGAACCGCAAUCAGGCUUUUGGGAUGAACAACUCGCUUUCAAGCAACAUCUUCAAUGGCACAGAUGGGAGUGAAAAUGUAACGGGCCUGGAUCUGUCAGACUUUCCUGCGUUAGCAGACAGGAGUCGGAGAGAAGGGACCGGAAACCCAACACCGGUGCUCAACCCACUGGCUGGCAGGGCUCCUUAUGUUGGCAUGGUGACAAAGCCAUCGACAGAACAGACGCAGGACUUCUCCAUCCACAACGAGGACUUCCCCGCACUGCCUGGCCCGAACUAUAAGGACCCCUCGUUGAACAACGACGACAGCAAAACUGUAAGUAACUUGAACUCCACGAGCAAGAGCACAGCCAAUGCAGACGGGCCCAAGUUCCCCGGGGACAAGACGGCCUCAGCACAGAACAACAACCAGAAGAAAGGAAUCCAGGUGUUGCCCGAUGGUCGGGUGACGAACAUUCCCUCAGGGAUGGUGACAGACCAAUUCGGCAUGAUUGGCCUGCUGACGUUUAUCCGGGCGGCAGAGACGGAUCCCGGGAUGGUCCAUCUGGCGCUGGGCAGCGACCUCACGACACUGGGACUCAACUUGAACUCACCAGAAAACUUGUACCCCAAGUUCGCCUCUCCUUGGGCCUCAGCACCUUGUCGACCUCAAGACAUCGACUUCCACGUUCCCUCUGAGUACUUAACCAACAUCCACAUAAGGGACAAGUUGGCUGCAAUCAAACUGGCUCGAUACGGUGAAGACCUGUUGUUCUACCUGUACUACAUGAACGGUGGAGACCUGCUCCAGCUACUGGCAGCAGUGGAGCUCUUUAACCGUGACUGGCGGUACCACAAAGAGGAGCGGGUUUGGAUAACGAGAGCGCCGGGCAUGGAGCCCACACUGAAGACCAACACCUACGAGAGGGGCACCUACUACUUUUUCGAUUGUCUUAACUGGAGGAAAGUAGCCAAGGAGUUUCAUCUGGAGUAUGACAAGCUGGAGGAGAGGCCCCACGUGCCAACGACGUUCAACUACAACCCAGCCCAGCAGGCCUUCUAAGGCCCGACCGGUCCAAAAGGCCGCAGCUGUUUCCUGCACACAAACGCUCUAGUGCGGGAGGGAGCGCUGCGGUUCACGCGGCUCGGUUUUUAUUCCUCGAGGAUUUGGCUAUUUGACUGUGGGGGUCAUCGCCACCAUCAAAACUGCCCUGCCUUUCCAAAAUUACAUGCUGCCCAAAACACCAACACUUGUUCUGUUUUUAUUCUUUAUGUUCCUCCUGUUGUUGUUUUUUUUCUUUUGUCUUGUUUUGAGCAGGGUCUGUGUUAUGUUUACGUCUCUGAAUCUGAAGCCUGUUUUCCUCCCAGAAAGGAGGAGGACUUGACCUUGUGGCGCAGGACAGUGACAGAACAAGGGUUUACGCCUCAUAUUGACAACAAAGUGUUAAGAACAGAGGAAGAAAAAAAAAAAAAAGCAAAGUUAACUUCGUCAGACUCAAGUGAAAGGGUGAAAGAAAUGCAAUGUUUAUUGUUGCACUAUAUUUAGUAAUAAAAGAACACAAAAUUUGUUUGUGCUUUUUUAUGUGAACACUCCCUGAUAAUAUCUUUUAUUCCCCCUCUCCAUUUUUUUUUUGUUUCGGGUCAGGGGAGGGUUCAUGCAACUUUUCCACGUGCAUCACUUUUCAUCUCACUUUUUGUUUUGUUUUUUCUUCUUUUUUUCCCCUCUGUAUUUCCAACCCUGAACCAUUUUCUGUCUCACACUCUUUGUCAGUCUCUCUGUGAGUUCUGUGCCAGUUGAACUUGGACACAAAUCUGGGAGACGACUUCUGGUGUCUGCAAACGUGGACAGAAAAACCUUGCAGAGGCUCAAACGGCCACACAACGUUGCUCCGGAGCAAAACAAAACACUUUCCAUCUUUGUUACAAUUUUGUAAGAAAUGUGUACAUUUUUUGUUUCUUUGCAUCACAUAAUUUAGUAUAUGUAUGUACGAAUGUGUAUAUAUAAUUGCUAUAUAUAUAUAUAUGUAUGUAUAUAUAUAUAUAUAUAUAUAUGACAUCUAUUUUGGAAAGAAAUUUUGCCCUGCCUUGUACCUCGUUUUUAUGAGGGGAGCAUGGAUGCAAUAUGUGGACGCAACAGGACAUUUCUGGAUCUGCUGGACAGGGUGUCACAUGGCACUGUGGGCACUUACAAACAAAAAAUAAUGCGAAAUUAAAAUGUCGUUCAAGGAAAGGCCUGAUUCUCAACCCAAAAAAACCACAAAAUAAUAAGAGUAAACAUGGUGAUCAUCCCCCCCCCCCCCCCUGAGUUUCGAGUCCAAAGCAAAAAGAAGGGAUGUAUUUCGAUAAAGCUGUUUGAACAGCGGUGAGCAGCAUUUCUUAGGAAACGGAAAACCGAGACAAUUUGUGGAGAAAAAAAAAAAAUUCUGACCAAUCUUGUAUUUUCUGAAGUGAAAAGCUUCUUUUCUUUGUAUUAAAGCAGAAAAGGCUUUCCUGAA